AUGCCAGUACAGGACACCUCACACAAUAAAGGCCAGUACAGGACCCCUCACACAAUACAGGCCACAUGGCAUGGGAUCUUUAAGGGUGUUUUUAAUUCCUAUGCUCUUCCUAUAACUCGUCUUCUCAGCGUGGAGGACUCUGUGGGUGUGGAAGUGAGGUCGGCCCUGGUCCCCAGCCUGUUCCCCUUCUGCCCCCCCACGCUGUACUUCAGCAGGGCCAACGAGAGAGUGGAGAUGCUUCCUCAGGAAAAGAGGAGGCUUCUGAAGUGGAAGAUGAGCUCGGUGACUCCAAACGUGGUCCGACACAUCAUCGCCAGGUCCCACUUCAAGACCACAAAAAGAAGCCAUGAUUGGCUCGGAUGUUGGGGACAUCACAUGAAGUCUCCUCUUUUCAAGACCAUCGAGGAGCAUCAGAAGCUGAACCACUUCCCCGGCUCCUUCCAAAUUGGGAGGAAGGACCGUCUGUGGAGGAACCUCUCUAAGAUGCGAGCUCGCUUCGGGAAGCAGGAGUUCAGCUUCUUCCCUCGCUCCUUCAUCCUGCCGCAGGACAUCAGGCUGCUGCGGAGGGCCUGGGAGGAUGCAGGGGCGCGGCAGAAGUGGAUCAUCAAACCUCCUGCCUCUGCCAGGGGAACAGGUAUCCAGGUCAUCUAUAAGUGGUGUCAGAUGCCAAAGAAGAGGCCCCUACUGGUCCAGAAGUACCUCCACAAGCCCUACCUCAUCAGCGGGAACAAGUUUGACCUGAGGAUCUACGUCUACGUCACCUCCUACGACCCGCUGCGCAUCUACAUCUUCUCGGAUGGCCUUGUCCGCUUCGCCAGCUGCAAGUACUCCUCCUCCAUGAGGAGUCUGGGUAAUAAGUUCAUGCACCUGACCAACUACAGUGUGAACAAGAAGAACACUGAGUACCAGACCAACAGCGACAACAAGGCCUGCAAGGGACACAAAUGGGCUCUACAGGCGCUGUGGCAGUACCUUGGUGCUAAAGGGAUCAACACUACUCUGAUCUGGGACAAGAUCAAAGACAUGGUCAUCAAGACCAUUAUUGCGUCAGACCCCUACAUCAACAGUCUGCUGAAGAUGCACGUGCGCUCCCCAUACAGCUGUCACGAGCUGUUUGGGUUUGACAUCAUGCUGGACGACAAGCUGAAACCCUGGGUGUUGGAGGUCAACAUCUCUCCCAGCCUCCACUCCAACACAGCUCUUGAUGUGACCAUAAAAGGUCAGAUGAUCAGAGACGUGCUGAACCUAGCUGGCUUCCUGCUGCCUUCCAGAGAGCAGGUUGCGGCCUGCAGUCAGAGCACCUCCAGCUCCUCCAGCAGUGUAUGUGGUGGCAGCAGCAGGCAAAGCAGGACGCAGCUCUCUACUGACGAGAAAGUGAAGAGGGCCUUCUUCAUCUCACAGACUCAACAAGACUUGUACUCCAGCGUGCUGGAUGUGCUCACCCCGGAGGACGUGUGUGUGCUGGCUCAGAGCGAGGACGAGCUUGGGCGUCGGGGGGACUUUGAGAGGAUCUUCCCCUCCUCCUCCUCCUCUCACUACCUGCGCUUCUUCGAGUGUCGCCGCUACCUCAACAUCCUGCUCAGCCAAUGGGAGCACAGAUAUGCCAGCAACAGGAACACAGGCGUCUCUCUGCUGAGGUCUCUCUGUCAGAAGAGUGUCCACCUGGGAACCAGCGACCCCACCCACAUGUGGUCCAAAUGUAGUUAUGUUUCUAGGUUUGAAACCAAGAGAGCCGAUCUCAGCUGUUCCAGCGUGGCCAUCAGCUGGCAGCGCCGCAUCCACUCUGAGGACGAGGAGGACCAAGAGGAUGGUGCUGAUGAAGAUGUUCUGGACAGAGAGGUCCACUCCAUCUCCUCCAGCUUCCUCCAGAUCAACUCUCCCACCUCCCCUAGCCCUGGCUCCACCCCCACCCCCACCCUCACCCUCAGCCCUGUCCCGUAA